CGCGUUGUCUUUUGUCUAUAAGAAAGAUAGAAAACUUUAUAUUUCAGUCUUAAGUUCAACUGUUUAUGUAUCUUUUGUUGGAAUUGAGUCGUUGAGAGAAUAAGACAUUAUCUAGCAGGUUGAAAAUCACGAGAAUCGUCCUUUUCCUUGACUUCACACUUUACUGACAACCAAAGUGGAAGGAAAGGGUUGUCACGUGGCUUUUCUACCGCAAUCUGUGAAGAUCAUCUCCACUGAGAACAGGUGAAUAUAGUCCCACGAGCACCAGUUGUACUCUACCGUGAAAUCUGUAGAGAAGUGUUAAUAAAAAAACUGUUAACUCAUCAUCAAACCUGCUAAUAGAAACACUGAUGCAGUUACAGCAAGAUUUGUUGACAAAGAGCAUAACUAUCACCGAACUUGUCAAUGACGAAUAUUGUCACAUUUAUGGGAAGAGUUGUCAACAUAGAGCAUAACCAUCAUCGAACUUGUCAAUGACGAAUAUUGUCACAUUUAUGUGAAGAGUUGUCAACAUAGAGCAUAAUCAUCAUCGAACUUGUCAAUGACGAAUAUUGUCACAUUUAUGGGAAGAGUUGUCAACAUAGAGCAUAACCAUCAUCGAACUUGUCAAUGACGAAUAUUGUCACAUUUGUGGGAAGAGUUGUCAACAUAGAGCAUAACCAUCAUCCAAUCUACCAAAGAAAACAUUGCUACAUUUGUGGAAAUAGUUGUCUACAAAGAACAUAAUAAUUGUCCAACCUACCAAAAGAAAACAUUGCUACAUCUGUGGAAAUAGUUGUCUGGAAAGAACACAACCAUUAUCCAUCAUACCAACAGUAAAAUUUAGUUGUCAAUAAGCGGUUUAACCACAUUCCAACCAAUAAAUUGUAGAUAUUGUAACAGUAAUAGAAAAAGCUGGCACUAAAGGUUAUUAUCAUAAUCCAACCUACUAACAUUCGACAUUGUUACUUGUGUAGAAAAACUAAUUAAUCCACAAACAGCUAAACCGUCUUUCGUUUUGGUGAUGAUAACAUUCCGUCUAUAGAAAUGAAAUAAAGCACAAUUCUUCUAUGAAAGCAUACAAGUUUCUAAAAGCAUGAAAUAUAGAACAAGGCAUCUCAGUCAUAUUGGAAAAUUAAGAUAACAAACUGAUUUUUAAACCAGCUGAACUCAAAUUCUGCUGAAAUAAUAGAAUAAGUCAUAUCAUCAGUUAAAGGGAAAGAUAAUUAAAACUGGCGUGAACUUAACUGUCCGUACUUAAACCCAUGACAGAGUUAGGUAGUAAGCAUGAAUACGUUUGUUGUGUGUCUACUCCUUACUUGUGAUCUCAUUAAAGCACAAAACUUUACCGUUGGUAAAGUAAACACACCUAUUCAAAUUAUUAUCAUGAAUAAUGAGCUCAAAGAGAAUGACUCUUACAGUUCCGAGUUUCGCAACUGUUCCAAAGUUACGUUCAGAAAAGAAGAAUUUCACUUUCUGAAUAACAACACUAUUUCCAUUCCAAUCUACAAGAAGGUCUAUAAUGACUCAUGGUACAGGAUAGAAGGAGAAGACGUGGUAGUCUGUCAAUUAUAUUUUCCCACGUUUGUAUCUUAUAUGGCUUAUAUAACAUUUGUUGGCUUAGGAAUUUCUAUAUUUUGUCUUAUUCUUCAUUUGAUUCUUUUGUUAUAUAUUCCAUAUUUCCGAAAUACCGCAGGAAGGAACCUUGCUUCUCUUGUGUUGUCCUUGUUGGUUGCCUUCAGUGCUUUUCUUGUCGGAGAAAGUGAUUUCAUUUCACCUUCUGAUUGCAACAGAGUCGCAGUUGUGACGUAUUACUUCUUUCUUGCCUCUCUCUUCUGGAUGAAUGUUCUAGCCCUUGAUGUAUUCAGAACCAUCAGACUUGGCGCUACAGAAUUCCGUGUGGUUAGAGAAAAACAAUGGCAAAGGUUCUUGGUCUACUCACUCUAUGCUUGGGUAAGUCCUCUGGCGAUAGUUAUAUUUGCUGUAGUAGUUGAUCAAAAUGAAAACUUCCCAGAAGAAUUUAGACCAGGGUUUGGCUUAUUCUCUAAUUGUUGGUUCAGUCACAGAAGUGCAAUUUUUGUAUUUUUUGCUGUUCCCAUGUUGAUCACCAUGGUUGCCAACGUUGUGUUCUUCCUAACUAGUGCAUACUGGAUCAAGACCGUAGGAAGCACGAUAAGCGCUCUGCAAGGGAAAACACCUCGGAGAAACUGUGUUGUGUACUCCAGGCUAGCUGUCAUAUUGGGAUUUACGUGGAUAGUUGGACUUAUCGCUAGUUACUCAGACAUAAACUGGCUGAAGUGUAUGUUUGUAAUUCUGAAUUCAGCUCAAGGUCUGUUUAUCCUUCUCGCAUUUUCCCGCACAACGAAUGUAAGCGCUUUUCUUCGAGUUAAGGCUUUUGCUGCAACCAGAAGGUUCAGGAACACCAACCACCAAUCUCCUCCAGACCUACUGUUACAUGCCUCACGAGCAUCCAGAAAUACAGUAAUAGAACUCUUAGAGAAUACUCAACAAUCCUCAACAGCUUCCCAAAAUAGGGAAAUAAAUACCUUGUAGUCAGUAGACAAACACAACACGGAAUUAAAUACCUUGUAAUCAGUGGACAAACAAAACACGGAAAUAAAUACUUUGUAGUCAGGGAUCAAACAAAACACGGAAUUAAACACCUUGUAGUCAGAGGUCAAACAAAGCACGGAAUUAAGUACCUUGUAGUCAAUGAACAAACAAAGCACGGAAUUAAAUACCUUGUAGUAAGCGGCCAAACAUAACAUGGAAUUAAGUACCUUGUAGUCAGAGGUAAAAAAAGCACGGAAUUAAAUACUUUGUAUUCUGUUUGUUUGAAGUUAAGCACAAAGCUACACCAUGGGCUAUCUGUGCUCUGCCCACCACGGGUAUCGAAGCCCGGUUUCUAGCUUUGAAAGUCCGCAGUCAUACCGCUGUGUCACUGGGGGCACUUUGUAGUCAACGGUUUGAUUUGAUUUGUCUGAAGUUAAGCACAAAGCCACACAAUGGGCUAUCUGUGCUCUACCCACCACGGGUAUCGAAACCCGGUUUCUAGCGUUGUACAUACCGCUGUGCCACUGAAGGGGGGGGGCGUAGUCAACGGCCACACAAAACACGGAAUUAAAUCUUAUAGUCAACAGUCAAACAAAGCGCGGAAUUAAAUACCUUGUAGUGAGCAAUGAAAUAAAGGGUGUAGAAGUAAAUACCUUGUAAUAAUACUUUAUUUUUUAAGUUCAUAAAUCUUCUGUAUGUAAAUGAGAAUAUAUAUAUAUGUUCGCGACUCAUAAAGAGAUAAAUGUCAAUUUUUUUAUUUGUGCUUCCUGAGUUUAAUUAUCGUUUAAAAGGUAGUCUCUUUUGUUAACAACUUUACUCUAAAACUUUCCAUUGACACUGGAAAUACAAAGGAGUAGUACGUUAUAUUAAAGCGAUUUAGGAGCCUAACCACGUCGUUAAAAUCCAUGUCGCUACAUCCGGUCGUACUCUACCUGACGACCGUGCAUUUUGAUAAUAGUCUAGCAGCAUAGUUUCCACUGCAAAAGACUCUGUCGUAAGGGUUUGAUGUCAAAAACAUACCACUCAUCUUUGCGUGCUUUCCACACUUCACCUAAGUAACCUGUAUUGCUUUUCCAGACGGAAAUUUUUGUGGUUUAUGUUUGGUACUGCUGCUAUGCCAGGGACACGCGGGCGGCUUUUGCCACUGAUUUUUGUGUCCGUAGAUUCCCACCUGUUACAAGAGACUACACUUUGUUUACCACAGCUGGGGUGCGAUUUGUUGCGGUUCUCUUUCUGGAUAUCUAGUGUUCACAAGUUAAUCAAUAUUCCUUUUAUUUAGUGUUUCUUAAUGGCAUUAAGUACAUGGGUUAUCCCCGUUUUGGAAAUUCUAAAUCCUCGAUUUGAACAUACCUUCAUUUCUGAGUGUAUGAAUAUUUUGUGUUCGAAAGGUCAGAUACACACCCUUCGCUACCAAUAUUUGGUAGCAUCAAACAAUGUAGUUGUAAUACAAUCUGUUCCACUGCCACUUUUCAUCGACUGUGGGUGGCACUGGCUUGGUGAUUUAUGUAUACAAAACAUUUUUUAAUAUAACGUACUCAACACUGUAUUUUUAAAACUUAAAUUUUGACAAAACAAGUUUUUGAUUUCUUUGUGUCGUCAGGUCGGCUUGAUUACAACAUUGUUUAGAAGAAUUAAUUAUAGCACUAAUUUGUACGAUGUUCACAACAUAGUAUGAAACGUUGUUUAAAAUAGUCGUUUAUGAGGUUAACUUGUACGUUGUUUACAACAUUAUUGAAACGUUGUUUAAAACAGUCGCUUAGAACAUUAACUUAUAAAGUGUUUAUAACAUUGUUGAAACGUGGUUUAAAAUAGUCCAUUAGAACACUAACUUGUACAUUGUCUCAACAAAGUAUUAAACGUGGUGUAAAAUAGUCCAUUAGAACACUAACUUGUACAGUGUUUCAACAAAGUAUUAAACGUGGUUUAAAAUAGUCCAUUAGAACACUAACUUGUACAGUGUUUCAACAAAGUAUUAAACGUGGUUUAAAAUAGUCCAUUAGAACACUAACUUGUACAUUGUCUCAACAAAUUAUUAAACGUGGUUUAAAAUAGUCCUUUAGAACAAAACUUGUACAGUGUGUACAAAAUAGGUCCCCCAGUGGGACAGUGGUAAGUCUUCGGACUUACAACGCUUAACUAAUCAUUUUUUGUUCAUUAAUCCUACAAAAACAAACUUAUUAUAUGUAAUCUGUAAUUAUUUUUGCUAUACCAACAUAAACACAUCGUGGAAUCUUUGCCCUCAUAGGAUGUGAUUGCGAGUGUAAUAAUAAGUGUAAAAUCCAUUAGUUACAACUCACAAGAAACAGUUUUUAAUUAUUUAAGUCAUUAUAAACCUCCCCUCUUAUAAAUAAUUCUCUUUCUCGAGCUUAACACAAACCGAACUUCUUGGACACCAUUUGACCUAUCAGUUUGACCCGGAAUUUGAUCCCUAAUCAAUAAGGAAACCCUGGAUACUGUCAGAAAGUCAGAUUUAACCACUAAAAUAAAACUGCCUUCUUGGAGUGAUAUGACAUUUUUGUUUCGUAAAGAGCAUAUAUCUUUACACACACUUAAGAAAAUAUUGUUUUCCUGUAAUAUAGAGAUUUGUAAUUUUAUGUUACAUCCGUUGUCAAUAGUACAAAUUCAGAAACUUGUCUUGUCUUCUUAGAUUACUACACGUGAACUGAUCCAAUUUGAGAUUUAAAGAAUAUCUGCCAAUGAUACUUGUUGCGACUGACCACUUUGUGCUUUGGCAAUGUGUUGUUUUUUGAAUAACGCUUAUAUGAAAUGUCAGAAUGACCACAAAUAGUGAAUUCUCAGAUAUCCAACGAUUUCUCGAAUCAAGGAGAAACUAAUUUUGCCAAAUAAUUUUUUACUGUCCUUACUUCUCUUCAAUUAACAAAAAUGGUUACUUUUUACUAAUAUAAUAUGGUCUAUAACUAUAAAAAUAAUAGUAAUUUUUGGCAAGAAAAUGGAUUAGUGAAAAACAGUUUUCCUCUAUAUAUUUGCAAGAAACCAAUCAGGGGAAGAAGAUGAAAUGUGAAACCAAUCAAAACGUUAUGAAGGCAAAAAAAAGUUCGUUUGUUUUUUUCUCAGGAAAUUUGUUAAAUAGCUGUCAUAAAAGUCAGCUGUGUAUUUCUGAGGUUUAGUCCACAAUCCUUCAAUUGAUAUCAGCAUUUUGUGUAAUUUUAAGUACUUACAGUUGAAAUCAGUUUUUAGUGAAUAGUCAGUUUACCAGCACUGUUAGUUUCUUAGGAUCUUGUUGCUAUAUUAUCAGUAUAUUACAUGCGGUUUUCUUUAUAAUUGUUUCAUUUACUUCACGUAGCAUCUUCUUCACUCGAUUCUUCCAUUUUAAAGUGAUGUAUCUAUAUAUAUAAAAAAGGAAGUUUGUUUAUUUGUUUGCUAUAGGAAACCAAACGGUUGAA